AUGUACGAGAUUGCCGACAAAUACGACGUUGUCGGACUCAAAGAUCUAGUCAUUGAGAAAUUCCGCAGGGCAUGCCAUCACUUCUGGAAUACCGACGAGUUCUCUGUCGCAGCUCACCAUGUAUUCUCAACCACCCCCGAUCAUGACAAAGGUCUGCGCGACAUUGUCAGUGCUGCGAUCAGCGCACACAUGAGCUUGAUCAAAAAGCCUGAAGUCAAGGUCCUUUUGGCCGAGUUCAACGGUCUUGCUUUGGGCAUUCUUGAGGAGAAGGUCAAAGAGAAUGGUUGGUAG